AUGUCUGUUUCUUUUCCCACCAUCUGGACACAAUGGUUUCCCCCUAACGGCCCGCUUAGCGAACACAACCUGCCGAGCCAGGUUGGCAAAGUCUUCAUUAUCACUGGCGGCGCAUCUGGCUUGGGCUAUUUCCUCUCACGUAUCCUUUAUGGUGCUGGGGGGAAAGUAUAUAUCCUUACACGCUCGAAAGAGCGUGCCACUGAUGCAAUUGCCAAUAUCAAGUCCGAAGUAAAGGACAGUGGCAGGCAGCUAGGGAGUCUUGAAUUCAUUCCUAUGGACCUCAUGGAUUUCGAAACGGUUAAAUCAGCCGCGCUUGAGUUCCUAAAACGCGAGGGUGGUCCGGAUAGUAGACUCGAUGUGCUUUUCAACAAUGCAGGCACUGGAGGGCGCCAGAACGCUCCGAAAGGGGCUCAAGGCCAUGAGUACCACAUGUAA